CUUCUUGUUAUUAACGAUGCUUGGUUUAAAAAUAAAAUGUAAUCACGGAAAUCGAAUGAUGACUAUUGGCAGAUGUGUAUUGACACGAAAUUGACAAGGGAGAAUACACGUGUUCUUUUUGUUUAUUUCCCGGCAACAUCAAAUGGAUCGAAGUACAUAUGUCAACAUGGAAGUCCACUCAGCGAAAUGAGGGAAAGAGAGAAUGACCCAUGUCGAACAAGAAUUACCAUACACCGGGGGUCAUAGGCCAUUCGAUAACACAAACCUCUUACCUGUGCGAACCGUAAUAUUUAUAUAGGUAUAUUAAUAUGAUUAUUAAGUUUGUGUUUAUAUACUGUCGCAUGAGAUAUAACGCCUACUGUGAAUGAAGAUGUGAAGUGAAGAUUUGUGAAAGGAACAGAAUGGAUGUAAUUUCGGUUUCAGUGGAUUUCAAUGGCUGAGGGGGAGUUAAAUGUAGCGGGGGAUAGCACUAUGAUCGAGAGGAGAGACGAUUCGUCGGGGGAUAGAGAAAGAGACCCUCCUGCUCACGACAGCAGCAGAGAUUUGUUUGGAGUUCAGCUUGAGGUGACGUUUCGGCUCCUGGAAGCUGAGAAGAGGAAACUUGUGGUCCUACAGAAGGAACUGGCGCAGUAUGAUGAGAAAGAACUGCAAGGACUGAUCCGACGACGAGAAGAAAAGCAACUUGAGAACAACAUCAAUCGUAUACAGCAUCAGUAUAACCAGCUAGAGCAGGAGUACAGGAUCGCUGCCAUGGGGGUCUUUCGACAUAACCGGCAUAUUAGAAGAUCUUCUCGCAGUCAGCCGGCGAUAGGACUGAAGCAGACAACGAAGCCUCGGCCAUCCAUCUUUGGAACCAUUACUAAAGACAAGACCCCAAAGGACAGACGGCUGAAAACCGUGAGUCCCCAGAUGCUCAGCUUCUCUCAGAUGCUUGAUCACAGUCAGACUGGGAAUAACAACAACAACACAUGCAGCCAUUACUCCAAGGACCAGGCCUUGAUAUUUGCUGAUGGUAUACUAAUGGCAGGAUCGAUGGAAGCUUUAAUACAACACUUAGUUCCCACUGAUGAGUACAAUCCUGAUAAAACCUAUGUGUUCGCCUUUUUGCUGAGCUCUCGUCUGUUUAUCCGACCCCAUGACCUGAUCAGUGAAGUUUGUCAGGUCUGCAUCCUGCAGCAGAAUCUGUCUGAGGAUGAAUUAAGGAAAGAGAAGCUGGGUAAAUUUGGUCCCAACAUAAUCCAGCUACUAAGUGAGUGGGCAGACAUGUUCCCAUAUGAUUUCCGGGAUGAGAGAAUGAUGAAGAAAUUGAAAGAGAUUACACAACGAAUUCUGGCAAUUUACCCUGAACUUAGGCCUGAUGUCACAAAUAUUACACAUUCCUUGGUGAAAAAGUUGAAUGAGCUGCAAAAUUAUGAGGAAGAGUUAGCGAGAUGGAAUAGCGAAGCAACUUUAAGAUCCAAUACUCAGGAAGUGCCGACGACGGAUAUAAUGGAGGUUUGUCCAAGUCCUCUCGAGUUAGCACAGCAACUGACUCACAUAGAGCUGGAUCGGUUAAGUCACAUUGGUCCAGAAGAAUUUGUUCAAGCUUUUUCUAAAGAAGCCAACACAAAAGAGACCACAUACAAUGACAUGAAGAAAACCAGUAACUUGGAAGCCUAUGUACAUUGGUUCAACCGACUUAGUUAUUUUGUCACAACAGAAAUUUGCUCACAUUUAAAGAAGAAAAACCGGGUUCGAAUCAUAGAGUAUUUUGUGGAUGUGGCAAAAGAGUGCAUAAACAUGGGCAACUUUAACUCCCUGAUGGCAAUCAUUGCCGGAAUGAAUAUGACCUGGGUGUCAAGGUUAAAGAAAACGUGGUCAAAAGUGAACAGAGCCAAAUUUGAGAUCUUGGAGCACCAAAUGGACCCCACAAGUAACUUUGGAAUCUAUCGUUCAUGUCUGAAGGCAGCUAUGUGGAGGUCUGAGGGUGCAGAGGCAGGCAGCAAAGAAGAAAAGAUCAUCAUUCCAUUUUUUAGUUUGUUUGUAAAAGACUUGUAUUUCCUGAAUGAGGGUUGUUCCAAUAAGCUUCCUAAUGGAGAUAUCAACUUUGAGAAAUUCUGGCAGCUGGCAAAACAGAUCUCAGACUUCAUUACCUGGCAACAGGCUGAGUGUCCAUUCCCAAAGAACGACAAAGUUAUCAAUUACCUGUUGACAUCACCUGUCUUCUCAGAGUCAACUUUAGCCUUAGCAUCAUUUGAAUGUGAGGCUCCAGAAAAAAGCUUUGAGAAAGAAAAACAUAAACAGUUAAAAGCUAGUGCAAGUGUUUGAUAGGAAAUUCUGUUACAAUGAUGUAGGGACCUUCUUCUACAUUCCUGAUAAGACAAGCCAUCCCAUUGGCUGACGUCCAAUUUCCUAGUCAUUCUGUGACGAAUCUGCUGUCAGCAUCCUUCGAUCAGCAUGCAGUUCCGCAAUCAAUCUAUUGAUUGAUCGAUCAAUGGGACCACACCGAGAGUGAAAAAUGUCAAGGACACUGUUCUUCUUUCACCAAAGUGAUUGAUGCAAUCAAGGCUGACAUUCUUUUUUAAGAACUGUGAGAGAACUGACAGUCCAGCUCAUAAAUAGGGCAUAGAGACUCCGUAUCAAGGGAGAUAACUUCCUGAGUGUUGAUACUGUUUCUUUUUAUUCACAGUAUUUAUUAUGUUGAUAUUAAACUGCAACAUUUGAAUUUUUAAAUGGCCGUUGGCAAUAAUGAAAGACAAUAAGAAAACUGGGGAUUUUUUUGCAGAAAAAAGGCAUUAUUUUUACUGGAAAGAGUAUUUUUCUUUAAAAACAUUUCAAACAUAAUGAAAUUCUAUUAUUUUAUUGAUUUUGUAUUUGGGAGUUUGUACUGUAUGAAAUUGCACAUAUUUUGAUGUUUAAUGUACAUACCAUAUUUUUUAACAAUCCUGUUGUUGCUUAUUUUGAUACAAAAUUUUGGAUUUAUAGUUUUAUCUUUGCAAACUUUACCAAAUAUUUCUCCCCCUGGAACUUAAUGACCACAUCUUUGAUGUACUCUUCAAUACUUGUCUCUGAAUUAAUUUAAUGAGUGCUAUUUAUUGAAUGUGCUAUUUGUUUCACAGUAUAUGUGGUAAACACAAGCCUUGAAUCAAGUUGAAUGGUCAGGGCACAAAUUGAUCUCAACCAUGUCAUAGUCACUGUUGAUUUUAUCACCGUCAUCCUGUCAUUAAAUGACCAUUUGAAAUACAGAAAUUUUAUCACCCAAAAAACACUAACCAUUAUUAUUGUUCACCUUCAUUCAAACAUUGAUUCAUUGGUCCAAAGAAAUUGUCUUGUUUUAUAUUUUGACAAAGAAAAGAAGUAUUUAUAUUUUAUAAUAUUAUAUAUUCUGCUGUUAAGCAGAGCAAGCAGUGCAAUGAGAGAAACAAGCAUUCCUGGUAGAGAGAGGUUGUCCAGGAAUUCUGUGGAGAAAGUUCAGCUGUUGUUGUUAUUCUGUGACUAAAUGGUUUACAGACUGAACUUCUGUUUGUUAUUGUAUUGUUAUCAAAUUUGUACAUAUGAAAACAAUGAAAAAUGGGUGAAUUCUUUUAUACUUGGAAUCUCUCAUUUGAUAAAUUAUUGAAAUAAAAGUUUUAAAAAUCUA